AUGGUGCACUUCGAAUUUCUCUUAUUUAUUUAUGGAGAAAAGGUUUAGUUGAUAGUGGUCAUAGUACUUAAAUUUAUGGUAUUCAUCGUUGUUUUUGUAGCUAUUAUUUACACGUUUUUUUAAGGAUUAUUACUUAAUAUCGAACCAAAGAAGGAUUAUCUAUUUUGUUUCUUUAAAAAAUACAAACUCUCCUUUUCAUCGAAAUACUCGUCUUCUACUUCUUAAAGUUCUGAUUUAUUAUCAACUAAAUCAAAUUCAUUCUUUUAAAUUUUCUAAAUAUUAAGGGAUUCCUCUUAUUUAUCUUCUAUUUUUGGUAGAUCUUCUUUGAGGUUAAUAUCUUUGAUGAGGAUUUCUUAUUCAUAAUUAGCUUCAUAAUUAUGCUUACAUUUACAUAAGGAAGAAUUUAUUUGA